AGUGAAAGAGCCAGUUUCCUCUCAAUGACUAAUGAAUACUUUGACCAAGUCCAGCAUAUUACACUUCCUUGAUGACACCAUAGAGCUGCGUACAUACAUCACUAGAGUCCCCCAGUCAGCGCGGACAGAGGCGAUUGCACCAGACGAGGUCACGAUGUCAUCGCGAGUGAGCCUUCUAGUUCUUCUGUACAGUGGACUUGUAUACGAGGCCGAAGGAGCAUGUCACUGUACGGCCGGGUGUGACCCUGUCAGCAACUGUACGGGAGCCUGUGACACUGGAUGGUAUGGGCCGUACUGUCAGAAACAGAAUGUCGCCUUGAAUGGGAGUGCUUCACAGAUAAGUACCUUCCAUGAAAGUCGCGAUUAUACUGACGGGAAACGUGUCAACUUCACUGCUGAUUUGGCUGUCGAUGGCUUCUCCCACACUGACUUCACCAAGAAGCCUCUGACAUGCACACACACAGGAUCCGACCAUGAUGCAUGGUGGAGGGUGAAGCUGGCGAGGAAUGGAGUCAAUCAAAUCAAACACAUGACUAUCUAUAACCGCCAAGGCUUUGAAAGGAGACGCCAGGGAAUGGACAUUUCCGUGGAUGGACAGCGAUGUUACGGAUGGACUAAAGACGCAGCACCAGAUACUGUGGCACUCGUGGUCUGUGAUCAGACGCUGGUAGGAGAAGAAGUGACCAUCAGGAUUCCCGGACAGUUCCUGUCUCUCUGUGAAGUACAGGUGUUUGUUUGCAAUGACUUCUGGUACGGAGAAGAUUGUGACAAACGAUGCAACUGUUUUCCCGCAUCAGACAUCUGUGACAAAGGUAAUGGAGCCUGCAAGAGAGGAUGUCAACCAGGCUUCACAGGCUUAGACUGUCAGCAAGAGUGCGAAGAUGGCUUUUACGGCAUGAACUGUACGUCUUCAUGUGGCCAAUGUCUCAACACCACUAUCUGUGACAAGAGUGACGGCCACUGUCCACGUGGGUGUCAGACUGGCUGGACCACGGUCACGUGUGAUAGAGAGCGUGACGUGAUUGGUGUAUCUGUCGGCGGCGUCUUACUGGUAGUAGUCGUCGUUGUAGUAGCUGUGUUGGUGAUUUUGAUUAAAAGGAGAAAGGGUCACUCGAGACCUGCCGCGUCCAUGACGCUCUACAAGGAACCAUCUGUCCAGGAACAUUCAGAUGCUUGUUACGAUGAGGACGAAGUCUUUUCCGCAGAGUUAGAAGACGUAACAGUUGAAGGCGCUAGCUACUGUAACUGGGUCUCUCCUUGUGUGUCUUUGGAGAAACUGGUUGAGUACAUCAGAAUGAAAAAGGAAGAUUCGGCCUUCGAGACCGAAUACAAGGCGAUUCCUUAUGGUAUCAGAGGCAGCGUUGAAGAAGGAAAAAGGGCAGAAAACAAAUUGAAAAACAGAUUUGCCGCGUUGUACCCAUAUGAUGACUCACGAGUGAUCCUUGAAGAAGACGGAGAGAAUACAUCUGAUUAUGUAAAUGCCAACUACGUUUCAGGACAUGGUGGACAUGGGUAUAUCGCUACGCAAGGCCCCACACAAGCGACAGUGGGUGACUUCUGGAGAAUGGUUUGGCAGCAGCGGGUGGGGAAAAUAGUCAUGGUGACACAGCUGAAGGAGAUGCAGAAGGUGAAGUGUGAGAAAUAUUGGCCUUGCGAUCAUGACACCAGCAACUGUGGUAAUAUUUCUAUAGAACAUGAAUGCACCGUAACACGAGCUGACUUUACCAUGAUGACGCUGAAAGUAAAACAUGUCACGGCUCCAGAGACGAGAAGGGUCCUCCACUUCCAGUUCCUGACCUGGCCAGACCACGGUGUCCCAUCUGCUCCAGCUCUGGUCAGCUUCUGGAAGAGGAUCAAACAGCUGGAAGGUGGAGAGGAGGGGCCGUUGCUUGUCCACUGCAGCGCUGGAGUGGGGCGGACGGGGACGUUCAUUGCUCUGGACUAUCUGAUGGACCAGGCUGAGGCAGAGCACAGGGUGAACGUGUUCCAGUGUGUGUCAAGGAUGAGACAGGCCAGGAUGAACAUGGUCCAGACCGUGCAUCAGUACGAGUUCCUCCACCUGGUGGUGCUGGAGGCUGUCAAUAGUAGAGGCACGUGCUACACCCUUGCAGAGUUUCAGCAGAUGUUUGAGUGUCUAAACAACAGAAAUUUAAACUCAAAGCUGAAGAAGGAAUUUAAGAUGUUGCAUACUCAAAGACCACACUUGGAGAAGAAAGACGUGUCCGAUGCUCUUCUUCCUGAAAACGUUCCAAGGAAUAAGACCAUCCUUCCAGGUAACAAGUCUCGACCGUAUUUGUCAACACCGGUUGAAGGCUACAACAAUUACAUCAACGCUGUACUUCUACCGUCCGUGAUGAGGUCCUCCAUGCUGAUCGCUACUCAGACGCCCAUGGAGAACACCGUGGUGGACUUCUGGAGACUGGUGCACGAUCAUGACUGCUUCACCAUUGUGUGUCUGGAUGAUUCACAGGAUAUUGAGAUAAUGUAUCCAAAUUCCAAGGGACCUCUAUCUAUGGAAGCCGGACCAUUUGUAAUUGAACACUCAGAAGAACGAAGUAUGGACAGCAUUACAGAGAGGAAACUGAUACUGAACAAUACUAAACAGGGUUCUUGUCAGACUAUCACUGUCCUGAGUCUCCAGUCGCUGUCUGUAUGUCUGUCACGUGAUCCGGAUGGGUUGCUGGAGCUGGUCAGCAGAGUGGCCGACGUUGUCUGUGAUGUCCAGCACAAGGUCCUUGUACACUGCUCUGACGGUGCCCGGAUGUGUGGGGUGUUCUGCGGUGUCCUGAACACCAUCAGUCGAUUGAAGCUGGACUCUGUGUUGGACAUCUAUCUGACCAUCAGGGAGCUGCAGUUGGCCAGGCCACAGUUUAUACAAUCUUUCGCUGACUACAAGUACUGCUAUCACGUGGCGAGGGAAUACAUCUGCGGCAACAACGUCUACGCCAACAUGUGACCCUGUGUUCGACGUGGUAUAAUAAAACAUGACAUCAUGCAAAAGAUCCGUGUUACAUGUGGGAUGAUCUUCAAUUUCAUCAUAAUUACAGAAGUCACUUUAAAGACUCUAUGCUGCAAAAUGUACAUUACAAUAAUACAGUGCAGUUAUAUACUAGGAAUACUAUUUAAAGGACCCCUGUCAUUUCUGUAUAAUAAUACAGAAUACAGAAUAAGAGGAACAGAUUCAGUUCUGCAUCAGAACUGAGGGACAACUUCAGGCUGCCACAGGAAUCCGACUCAUGACGUCAACGAUACGAGACAGACUGAAAACUGCGGAUCUGAAAUCAAAAUAUACUUCGCGAGGAAUGCGUCUGACUGUGGGACACAGGGGCUGUGCGCUGUGGUUUGUGGUCCUCGCAGAGGGCGUGAUGCAGUCCACUGUCUGAGGCAGCAAUGUGUGACAACUUUGCCCUGACCAGCCAAAUCUCCAGACAUGUCACCGAUUGAACACCUUUGGGAUGCUCUGGGCCGAAGGGUUCACAACCGACCUCAGCGGUAUCAGAAUUUGCAACAGCUUGGGCAGACCUUACAAGGAGAAUGGCUAAGGAUACAAAAGGAAACAAUCCGGCGUUUGAUAUGAGUGUGCCCAGAAGAUGUCGUGCCUGCAUCGAUGCUCAUGGGGCAGGGACCAGAUAUUGACUUUACUAUGAAGAUUGAAUUCCAUGACGUCAUUUAUUUACAUAUCAUUUCUGAAUAUAUUGUUCAAAGUC